AUGCCGAGUGGCCAUGAGGUGAAGGUCGGGGACACCAUCCUUAUAUCUCUCCACUCCAUGGGGAGAAUGGAAGACCUAUGGGGUAAAGACUGCCUUAACUAUAACCCGAAUAGGUGGUUGUCAAAGGAUGGCAACACCCUAAGGUACGUACCAUCUCACAAGUUCUUGGCCUUCAACUCAGGCUCGAGGAUCUGCCCUGGCAAGGAGAUUGCGGUUAUGCAGAUGAAGACCGUCGUUGCGACUGUGUUGUGGAACUUUGAUGUCGAGGUGGUGGAAGGGCAGAUCAUCCAGCCCAAGCCAUCUUGUAUACUACAGAUGAAAAAUGGAUUUAUAGUUAAACUGAGGAAGCGAGAAUUGUAA